UCCUCAAACACUCUCUGGCAUUCUGGGUUCCAGCCCUCUGUGUUCCCUUCAGGUGAAUCACCGUCUGAUUCCUGCAGGUUCAGGAAGUGCUCUUCCCCAGUCUACAAAUCUCACCUCCUCUUAGAUGUGACUCAUUUCUAUUAGCGAGAGAGCAAGUUGCUCCAGUUGUUCCGAGCAGGAGAGCUUGAAAGGGUGCCCCAAAGGACAAUCCCAAGGCGGGCAGGGGAGCACCCACCUUCUCUGGUAGGGACGGGGAAAAAUGCUAAUUUUUUUAUGCUUUAGCAAAAAAACGACAUCCCUGCCGACCUCAUGUUUCAAGGCUUAUUCUUAAUCAGAGUUGAGGAGCCUGUUUCAACUUGAAGACGUCCGUAUCAGGUGAAUGGACAGCCAGCUACCGCAAUGAAAGAAAUCAAACCAGGAAUAACCUAUGCUGAACCCUUGCCUCAGUCGCCCCCGAGUGUUUCCUGACACAUAUUCUUGCUUAUAGCCCAUCUUAACUAAAGAAUGGGGCUCAACUUGACACUUGCAAAAUUACCAGAUGACGAGCUGCACGGCCAAGGCAAUCACACUGCAAGUAACGUGAGCGAUGGACCAGGAAUGAACACCACCGUUAACAACAAAUUUGACACCAUCGUCUUGCCUGGGCUCUACCUCGUUAUAUUUGUGGCAAGCAUCCUGCUGAAUGGUCUAGCCGUGUGGAUCUUCUUCCACAUUAGGAAUAAAACUAGCUUCAUAUUUUAUCUCAAAAACAUAGUGGUCGCUGACCUCAUAAUGACGCUGACAUUUCCCUUUCGAAUAGUCCACGAUGCAGGAUUUGGACCCUGGUACUUCAAGUUUAUCCUCUGCAGAUACACUUCAGUCCUAUUUUAUGCAAACAUGUAUACUUCCAUCAUGUUUCUUGGGCUGAUAAGUAUCGACCGCUACCUGAAGGUGGUAAAGCCAUUUGGCGACUCUCGCAUGUACAGCAUAACUUUUACGAAGGUUUUAUCUAUUUGUGUUUGGGUGCUCAUGGCUGUUCUGUCCUUGCCAAACAUCAUUCUAACAAAUGGUCAACCAACUAGGGAAAAUAUUCAUGACUGCAUCCAGCUCAAGAGUCCCUUGGGAGUGAAAUGGCAUAAGGUCAUUGUCUAUGUCAACAGCUGCCUGUUUGUGGCUGUGCUGGUGAUACUGAUCGGAUGUUACAUAGCCAUAUCCAGGUACAUCCAUAAAUCCAGCCGGCAAUUCAUAAGCCAGUCGAGCCGAAAGCGAAAACAUAACCAGAGCAUCAGAGUGGUGGUGGCUGUGUUUUUUACCUGCUUUCUGCCCUAUCACUUAUGCAGGAUUCCUUUUACUUUUAGUAACUUGGACAAACUUUUAGACGAAUCAGCACACAAAAUCCUGUAUUACUGCAAAGAAAUGACACUCUUCUUGUCCGCAUGCAACGUGUGCCUGGAUCCAAUAAUUUACUUUUUCAUGUGUCGCUCAUUUUCAAGAAGGCUAUUCAAGAAAUCAAAUAUCAGAACCAGAAGCGAAAGCAUCCGAUCACUGCAAAGUGUCAGAAGAUCAGAGGUCCGCAUAUACUAUGAUUAUACUGAUGUGUAAGAGUUAAAGGCCACCAGGCCUUCUCUUGUUUGUUGAAGUUAAAAUGUACAAAGUGUAAAUAAAUGUGUCUUUUGAUUAUC